AUGAUUGAAGCUUGCAUCCAGGGGUUCGAGUCACACGCUGCGUCAAACCCCGCGUUCCGCAACAGCUCACUCUUCGACCGCUACCUGCGGGCGACUGACGUCUUGGCUGCGCACCUGCGCGUCACAUACUGGGGUGCGGAACUGCUUGUGUACCGCCGUUACAUCCAGCAAAUCCUCGCAUUCAAUCAUACAAAGACGGUAGGGGGUGCUUCCGAGGACGAGGGGCUCGUCGCACUCGCUAAAGAAGCCGACGUUGUUAACAAGUUCACCUUGGAGAUGGCACGGCGCGGCCUCCAUGCGCUUGUUCAGAGCACGAGCGCUUUUCACGACUUGCCAGACGAGCGGUUUGUUGUCACAAACAUGUAUAGUACCGCACAUGCGCAAUGGGGCGGCCUGCUCAUACUGGACUCCGCCCAGCGCGACCCUACUCCAGCACUCUCUUUUGUGACUUGA